AUGGAUGUCCACCGUUGUCGAUUCGUUCCUUACCCUCCCUCGACAAUCAAUGCGCUCGCUUUUUCCCAUUCCCAUAUCGAAGAGGACCAGAAAACUGCCCCUCCAAGGCUUGCAGUGGGGCGCGCAAAUGGAGAUAUUGAAAUAUGGAAUCCGCUAGAUGGUUCAUGGCUGCAGGAGACGGUGAUACGCGGGGGAGAAGACAGGAGCAUUGAUGGGCUUGUAUGGACGCAGGACCCGAAUGAGGAGGUACAUGGGAUCACAAUCAUUGGAAAGUCGAGGCUUUUCAGCAUUGGAUAUACUACAACGGUUACGGAGUGGGAUCUGGAGAAGGGAAAGCCUCUACGCCAAGCAAGUGGGAACCAUGGGGAGAUUUGGUGUCUUGCUGCUCAGCCAGCUCUUGCGCCAGUCAAGGAUGAAGCAGAUGGAGCCCCAACAGGUCCAUGGCCAGGACAACGUCUUAUUGCGGGCUGCACAGAUGGAGCGCUGGUGUUGUACUCCACCAAGGAUGAGGACCUUCAAUUACAAAAGCUUCUGACUAGGCCUUCUUCUAAAAAAGCCAAGAUUAUCAGUGUCACUUUUCAGAAUCGAAACACUGUCGUCGCAGGCUGCUCUGACAGCACAAUUCGCAUAUACGAUAUUCGAUAUGGUACAAUGUUGAGGAGUAUGACAUUGGGUGUUGGACCUACAGGAGGGCCAAAGGAGAUACUCAUCUGGUCUAUUAAGGCUCUGCCGGACGGAACAAUUGUAUCUGGCGACUCUACUGGAGAGCUGAGAAUAUGGGAUGGCAAAACCUACACGUUUAUGCAGAGGGUAAAGAGCCACAAACAGGACAUCCUCAGUCUGGCAACGAGCUCUGAUGGUACAACAAUCGUCAGCGGUGGUAUGGAUAGGAGGACUGUAGUAUACAAGCAGAUUGGGAAAGGAAGGAUGCGAUGGGCGGAAGUUUCGCACAGGAGAUAUCAUAACCAUGAUGUGAAGACGAUGGCAAGUUUCGAAGGCAAGGGAAUAAGCUGUGUGGUAUCUGGAGGUCCCGAUGCUUCUCCUACCGUCUUGCCUCUCAGUCAGUUUGGAUUUGAGAACCAAAGGGCGCUACCAUUCCUUCCUCAGGAAUCCCCGAUCCAAGGUGUACCAAGGAAAAGGCUCAUGAUGAGCUGGUGGAAUAGAGAAGUGCAGAUUUGGCGUCUUACGAAACUGUCAAAACCCCAGCCCGAAACCGAAGAUUCCGAUGAAGAACCAACAACCCAAAAUCGCAAAUUAGUAGCCAAGAUUCUGAUCAGGGGCGAAGCAAACAUCACAUCUGCAUCCAUGAACGUGGAUGGCAGUCUCCUGGCUGUUUCUACCGCUUCAGAUAUCAAAAUCUUUCAACUUAACCCGAAGAGAGCAGAGGAAGGCGAGGGACUUAGGAUUUCCAAAGUCACUGUCCCGUCAUCAUUCUCAUUCAGAGCACGACUUAUUCAAUUCUCACCCGAUGGAAAAUGGCUCUUAAUUGUCCGACCAGAUAGUAACGUCACGGUAGCACGAAUCACUCCAGGCAGCUCUUCCACGUCAUCUACUAUCCACCCUCGACUCUCAAGACUAAGCCGCAUAGACCGACGAAUCGAAAAAUUUGUCCUCCUAGGCGGUCUUGGCAGCUAUGAAAGAACAAUCACCCAAACUGCAUUUUCCUCAGAUAGCAGGAUUAUAGCGGUCAGCGACCUAGCUGGUUACAUCGAUACCUUCGUUCUAGCUGGCGACGAAGACCUCACGCUCGACGAGACUAACUCAGAUUCAGACGCCGCGUCAUCAUCAGAUUCCUCCAUCUCCGACUCAGAUUCUGAUGAUGAAGAAGAAGCAAAACCAAAGCCCAUCUUCGGCCAACAUUGGACACGCAAUCCCCUCGCCUCUUCCCUCCCCCAACUCCGAUCCACACCAGUCAUCCUCUCUUUCCGCCCCUCAGCGUCAGCACACAGUAGUCUCCCUCCAACAAACAUCGCAUCCCCACACCCCACAAGGAACAACCCGCAUCCCAUUUCCCACGAGCUCCCAGCAGGCGAAGACCGCCUUUUAAUCACAACCGCCACAUCCGACGUGUUCGAAUUCGAAGUCCUGAAAGGCGGGCUCAGUGCCUGGUCACGCCGUAAUCCUUCCAAUGUCUUCCCAGAGGAGUUCAGGAACACGUUGGAUCUAGCGCGGGGAUGUGUUUGGGAUAUUUCCGAAUCCAAAGAACGGGUUUGGAUCUGGGGUGUUAGUUGGUUGUGGAUGUUUGAUUUAUCACGGGAUCUACCUGCUCCUAGCAGCGAGGAGGUAAACGGUGAAGAGAAGGACAGUAAGCUUAUUGGCAAGAAACGCAAACGCAAGGCUGCCGGUGGCACAAUCCCGGACUCGAAACUUGGCACUGGUAUCUCUCGUAAGAUGCAGAAGAUUGUGCAUGAAGAGGUUGACGAGAGCCAUGCAUUAGUCAAGGAAGUCUCAGAUGACGACGAGGAAGACGAAUCUUCCACGGCUCUCGAGCGCUUGCGGAGAGAGAACAGCUCCAAGAGCGAUGGGGAGGGCAAAGCAGCUUUCUGGCAUACGAGUAAAUAUAGGCCGAUAUUGGGCAUGGUGCUCAUUGGGGAGGAAGGGGAAGCUGGGCCGGAAGUUGCACUUGUGGAGCGGCCGAUCUGGGAGGCUGAUUUACCGCCGCGGUAUUAUGGGGAUCAGGAGUGGGAGAAGAGUGGUGUUGAGCUCUGA